AAAGUUCUCGUUAAAUAGUUUUUAUUACUGAUAGGUUUCCUGAACGUGGAGCACGAAGUGGCGACAGGUAAUCAGGGUUUGAAGGACCAAGUGAUGGCUUUGAGAUGGGUGAAGGAGAACAUCUCCAGUUUCGGCGGGGAUCCAGACAACGUUACAAUUUUCGGAGAAAGCGCCGGUUCCGCGUCUAUACAUUACUUAACAAUAUCUCCUUUAGCUGAAGGAUUGUUCCACAAGGCGAUCGCGCAGAGCGGAGUAGCGGUUAAUCCGUGGGCCUGCACAACCUUGGAGCCCAAGCUGCGCGUGUACCAACUUGCUGCGAAACUUGGCGAACAUUCGAUCGUGCCCGAGAACGUGAUCAAGUUCCUGCAGACGGUAGACCCGGUGAAGCUCAUUGCCACCGAAAGGGAAUUUCUCACGCCAAUGGUAAGCCGAGCCAUGAGAUCCGAGGAAAGAAAUUCGUUCGCAUUUCAAACAAAUUCAAUUUUAUUUGUCUUCAAUUAA